GGGACAGUGAAUGACAUUUCGGCCCCCUCACUCUGACUUGUGUCGCGCACUGCUGCGAUGCGUCGUCAUGCGCUAUGCCAUACUGUGACACGCUGCGCUGUGCAGCAUAUGAUGUGCCAUUCAGUGGUUCACUCCGCGGCUGUGCCACGAAGUUCUAGGCUUUGCUGCGCGGCGUGCUGCUAAGCUGGAGUACGCGUCGCAAUGCAUGACGUCCCCUUGCUCUCUUGCGCUGCAUUACACAUCUACGCCUUGAGCACACACAGGCCGCAAAAGUUGGUCACGCCGACACGCCGUAGCCAUUUUGCAUCAAGACGCGGCGUGACAUGCUCGCGCCCGCCGUGGCGUCUGCGGCGGCAGGGCGCCCACCGGCGCGUGCGCUGGCGCGCGCGCUGGCGACCAGCAUGGGCUCGCCGCGCUCCGUGUCCUCUGGCUGGGCGAUGGCGGUGCACGUCUACGUGUCGGAGGGGCGGGACAAGCAGCUGGUGUCCCGCUUCUCCGCGGCGGGGGUAUCUGGCGGCGCAGUGCUUGCCAACGAGUUCAUGGACGCCGCCUACCACCGCUCCGGCAUCACCCUGGCCGCCGCGAGCGCAGGCCCGCUCGAGGCAGGCGUGCUGGCGGUGGCAUCUGAGGCGCUGUCGGCCCUGGACCUGCAGUCGCACUCUGCGACGCACCCGCGCGUGGGGGUCGUGGACCACGUGGCUUGCAAUCCUCUCGGCUCCGCCACCCGUGCCGAUGCCGGCGCGCUCGCCGCUCGCCUUGGGCAGCUUCUCGGCGCGGGGGCUGCCGAGGUCCCCGCGGCGGGCGUCGCGGGGCCCUCGCCGGCGCGGCCUCCGCUGCCGGUCUACCUCUACGGGGCGGCGCGCGCAGACGAGAGGCCUCUGGCGGAGCUGCGCCGCGCGCUGGGCUAUUUUGGCGGCGCGGCGCGCGGGGAAUGGACGGGGCUGUCCUCCAAGAUGGCCCGGGCGAUGGCCGAGCUGCCUCCUGACCACGGGCCAGCCACCCCCAGCGCUCGCUCCGGGGCCGCCGUGGUGGGCGCCGUGCCGUGGGUCUUCAACUACAACCUCCUGCUGAGCGCUGCCAGCGCUGGGGGCGUGGGGGACGACGGCGAGCUCAUGCGCCGGGCUCGCAGGGUUGCCCGCGCGGUCAGCGCACGUGGCGGCGGCCUUGCCGCCGUAGAGUCCAUGGCGCUGCCGCACGAGCGCGGCGUGGAGGUCGCGUGCAAUCUGCUGGACGUCGCCACGACGUCGCCCGCAGAGGUGCGCGCGUUGGUGGAGGCGUUGAGCAAACCAGAGGGCCUGGCCAUUGACAGCGACUACUUCACCAACAAGCAUCCAGAGGAUGUCCUGGCGCUGGUCCUGACAGGUUCUGAGAAAGUGGCGUGAUGGUUUCCGGCGCCAAACAGACGUUGUGCUGUAUGGGGUCCUGAUUGUUGCGGUGGGCCUGUGCAGGCGGUAGAGGAGAAGGAGGAAAAGCAUAACCAUCACCAGCAGUUUCCAGUUUUCCUUCGGCAAAUUUUCAUUGGAAGGCAUUGGGCUGUGAGUCUGACCAUUGCGAGGCCCCUUGUUCACCGCCACCACAGCGUGGUGGGGGCAUCGGUGAAGCGGCGCCAGAAUAUUUGUGUUUCUCCACAUACUCCUCUUUGUCUCCCCUAUUAUACUGUCCAAAAUGGCUCAUGGCCCCCUACCCCUCGGUUCGUCUGUUGUCCAAUAGUGCGUAUCUGCACAACAAACCAUACAGCAUUCGUUGCUUAGGGAAUCACCCUGCGACGUACCGAACACAGCGCAUACGCGUGGAAAGAACAAGAA